AUGGGCUUGGAGGACUGGACUGCGGUUCUCGCGGCCUUGUUCGCGCUCAUAUUUCUCAUCGUGCUGCUUGUCAGUGCCAAGUACGGGAUGGGCUUCAGCAUGGUAUCGGUUGAGCCGGAAGAUGUGGUUGAGAAUAUCAAGCUGGGUCUUGCGGGUAUCGUCGUCUACAAGACGACCGUCACAAUCAUCAAGAUUUCGAUCUUGCUCAUCUAUCUCCGCUUAGCCAUCACUAAGACCUUCACAUACCUCUGCAUGGGGAGUAUUGCGCUACUGGGGCUCUACCAGUUUGCCGUCAUGAUAAUUGUGCCUCUUGAAUGCACGCCUCUCAAGCUGCUGUGGGAUCCGACAGUACAAGGACGCUGUAUCGACAUUAAUCUUUUCUACUACAUCACAUCCGCUUUCCAUAUCCUCAUGGACGUCUGGAUCCUCAUCCUACCAUACAACAUCAUAAUUGCCAUUCCCCGGCCCUUGCGCGAGCGUCUCGCGGUGUAUUCCGUGUUCGGACUCGGUUUCUUCGGCACCAUCUGCGCCAUUGUCCGCUUUAACUAUCUCGUCAUCGUCACCAAGUCCAAAGACCCGUUUUACGACUCGCUUCCCAUCAAUGUAUGGUCAGUCAUCGAGGUGAACGUCGGCUUGGUCUGCGCGUGCAUGCCGACCCUUCGCCCACUGUUUUCCAAAGCGCAACGUGAUCGCACGAAGUUGGCACUCAAGAAGCCCGAUGACGAAGAAACCCUCAUUUCCGAAAAGGGAAGCACCAAAAGAAGAGGGUUGAUGUCAGUGAAGGAAAUGUUUAUCAGCAUCAGGACUGGCACAUUCAAUGAUAGCAAUGCUUCUUCAACGUCUUCGAUGUCUGGUUAUGAUGACGAGUGGAAGAGAGUACCGGAACGCCCGCCCCCAGUUCCACCUAAAGACGUCAAUGUCCCAAAGACGAGACUCCCAGACCGGAUGUACUUCCGGAUUUAA